AUGGCUACCAACAUGUACGUUACAUUACAUUAUAGAGUAUUGGGAAGUGGAUUGUACGACAAAUACACAAGCAAUCUGGUCUCUUUAUCAAUUAGUGUUAUUGACUUUUUUUUUAUGGGCUUGCAUGUUUAUGUAAGUGUGUUAGUAGAAAGUAGCUUGCCUUUGAGGAAUAAUUGUACAGUGGCUGUUUUGCGGAAAGUCAAUCUCAUUGUGUAUUGGUUCUGUUCACAUUUGUAUGUAAAGCCACUAUUAAUGUUUGUCGUGCUGUAUUUUUUGAUAUGCUCUGUAAUUGUCAGUAAAUCUGGUGAAAUAAUUU